GGGAGCCGGGGGAGGUGUUUUCCAGCUUUAAAAAGGCUGAAGGCAGAGCCCGGCCCUGCGUCAGAGUGAGACCGAGAGGCUCCUAACUGGGCGACAGAGUCGCCUCGCGGAUCCCAGCGGCCGGGCACGGGUUCCCGGGCGCGGCACACACCUCCGACCCCGCGGCGAGUCCCCGGCCGCAGGCAGGCCUGUCCCGCGCGCACACCCCCCGCAUGCCACCUCCCCACGGCGCGCGGCGCUGAGCCCUGCCCCGCGCGUGUCGGCGAGGAAGAGGUCCCACUAGGGAGCCGGCCCGGGGUUGCUCGCCGCGCCUGCUCCCGCUCCUCCUCCUGCUGCUCGCCGCUGUCGCCACCGCCGCGUGGAUGCCAAGUACCAGCUUUCCAGUCCCUUCCAAGUUUCCACUCGGCCCUCCGGCCGCAGUCUGCGGGAGCGGAGAAACUUUGCGGCCCGCGCCGCCCGCCGGCGGCACCAUGAAGGCGGCCGAGGAAGAACACUACAGCUAUGCAUCCCCUAGCAUCGCCUCGACUCUGCCCCUUCCCACGGCGCAUGCCUCUCUGCCGGCACCAUGCCAUGACCUCCAGACGUCCACCCCGGGCAUCUCAGCUGUCCCUUCAGCAAAUCACCCCUCGAGUUAUGGAGGGGCUGUGGACAGUGGGCCCUCAGGGUACUUUCUGUCCUCUGGAAACACCCGGCCCAAUGGGGCCCCGACUCUGGAGAGCCCUCGAAUUGAGAUCACCUCCUACCUGGGCCUCCACCAUGGCAGCAGCCAGUUUUUCCACGACGUGGAGGUAGAAGAUGUGCUUCCAAGCUGUAAGCGGUCACCGUCCACAGCCACCCUGCACCUGCCCAGCCUGGAAGCCUACAGAGACCCCUCCUGCCUGAGCCCAGCCAGUAGCCUGUCCUCAAGGAGCUGUAACUCCGAGGCCUCCUCCUAUGAGUCCAACUACUCAUACCCAUAUGCAUCUCCCCAGACCUCUCCAUGGCAGUCACCCUGCGUGUCUCCCAAGACCACAGACCCAGAGGAGGUCUUUCCCCGAGGCCUGGGUGCCUGUCACCUUCUGGGGUCUCCAAGGCACUCUCCGUCCAGCUCUCCUCGUGCCAGUGUCACUGAGGAGAGCUGGCUUGGUGCGCGUGGCUCCCGGCCCACAUCCCCCUGCAACAAGCGCAAGUACAGCCUCAACGGCCGCCAGCCCUCCUGCUCGCCCCACCACUCACCCACACCAUCCCCGCACGGCUCCCCUCGGGUCAGCGUGACCGAAGACACCUGGCUCGGUAAUACUACCCAGUAUACCAGCUCCGCCAUCGUGGCAGCCAUCAACGCCCUGACCACCGACAGCACGCUGGACCUGAGCGAUGGUGUCCCUAUCAAGUCUCGAAAGACGGCCCUGGAGCAUGCACCCUCAGUGGCCCUCAAGGUAGAGCCAGCUGGGGAAGACCUGGGCGCCACUCCGCCCACCUCUGACUUCCCACCUGAGGAGUUUGCCUUCCAGCACCUCCGGAAGGGGGCCUUCUGCGAACAGUAUCUGUCCGUGCCACAGGCCCCAUACCAGUGGGCGAAGCCCAAGUCUCUGUCCCCUACAUCAUACAUGAGCCCGUCUUUGCCCGCCCUUGACUGGCAGCUGCCAUCCCACUCUGGUCCAUAUGAGCUUCGGAUCGAGGUGCAGCCCAAGUCUCACCACAGGGCUCACUAUGAGACGGAAGGCAGCCGGGGGGCUGUGAAGGCCUCAGCUGGAGGACACCCCGUCGUGCAGCUACAUGGUUACUUGGAAAACGAGCCGCUCACGCUACAGCUGUUCAUCGGGACCGCGGACGACCGUCUGCUGCGGCCCCAUGCCUUCUACCAGGUCCACCGGAUCACGGGGAAGACUGUCUCCACCACCAGCCACGAAGCCAUCCUGUCCAACACCAAAGUCCUGGAGAUCCCCCUGCUUCCCGAGAACAACAUGCGAGCAGUCAUCGACUGUGCUGGGAUCCUGAAGCUCAGAAACUCGGACAUCGAGCUGAGGAAAGGGGAGACAGACAUCGGGAGGAAGAACACCAGAGUGCGACUGGUCUUCCGGGUUCACAUCCCGCAGCCCAAUGGCCGGACGCUGUCGCUCCAGGUGGCCUCGAACCCCAUCGAGUGCUCCCAGCGGUCAGCCCAGGAACUGCCCCUUGUGGAGAAGCAGAGCACAGACAGCUACCCAGUCGUUGGCGGCAAGAAGAUGGUGCUGUCUGGCCAUAACUUUCUGCAAGACUCUAAGGUCAUUUUCGUGGAGAAGGCCCCAGAUGGCCAUCAUGUCUGGGAGAUGGAAGCAAAAACUGACCGAGACCUGUGCAAGCCAAAUUCCCUGGUGGUGGAGAUACCACCAUUCCGCAACCAGAGAAUAACCAGCCCUGUCCAAGUCAGCUUCUACGUCUGCAAUGGGAAGCGGAAGAGAAGCCAGUACCAGCACUUCACGUACCUUCCAGCCAAUGUUCCAAUUAUAAAGACAGAACCCACGGACGACUUUGAGCCAGCUCUGACUUGUGGACCAAUCAGCCAGGGACUUAGUCCUCUGCCGAGGCCUUACUAUAGCCAACAGCUCACCAUGCCUCCCAACCCUGGCUCCUGCCUCGGGCCUGGCUUUGCCCCCUGCUCACAGAGGAGCACCCUGAUGACCACGCCUCCCAAUGCAAGCCCGAAGCUCCACGACCUCUCCUCUACUGCCUACACCAAGGGCCUCACCAGCCCAGGCCACAGUGGUCACCUUGGACUUCAGCCACCAGCUUCGGAGGUCCCCACCAUGCAGGAAGUGCCGAGAUCCAUGGCCAUGCAGCCCAACUCGCCUGAGCAGCCCCCGCCCGCCCGGCUGCAGCCGCAGGUGAGUCCACAUCUGAACAGUAGCUGUUCCCUUGGUUGCCAACAAGCGCUCUGUCCCAACAGCCCCUCUUCUCCACUUUUGUCCGCUGCCCACGAGCCAACCUGCUUACAGCCCUCAGCCCUCCCUCCUGACGUGGGCCACCAGCAGCAACAACUGCAGAAGCUUCAAAGAAAUGAGUCUCCAGCCGCCGCGCCGCCAGAGGUGCGUGAGGACAGUGAUCAUAAUUUGGCCCCUAUUCCUGUAGUGAUCAAGCAAGAGCCUGAGGAAUUGGACCAGUUAUACCUGGACGAUGUAAAUGAAAUCAUUCGCAACGACCUCUCCAGCACGAACCCCCACUCCUAAUUCAGCGCUUUGGAGCUGGCAGAAGCUGUGUGGAGUUGGCUCAGUGCAGACAGCUGGGCUUCAGCAAGCAAGACUUUGAUGAAAUAAACCGAACUCACAUCUGGUACCACUCAGAAAUCCCAGCUCACUGAGUGCAAGGAGCUUAUGUCUGAAGAAGUAGCUCCCUGACAACGAUGGGGUAGAAGAGGAAGCCAUUGCAACUCUUGAGAGAAACGUCCUCUCAAGGAAAGAGAAGGGCUGGCCGGUGAGGCCAGGGGCAAAUGCUGGCCCACAGAAAGAAGGGCCUGUGUGGCAGCCUGCCCCCAGGCCUGAGCCUCCUGCCCACUGGAGUAAAACACUGGAAGUGCCUUAUUUCAUCCUACCAUUACACCAGGGCAUUAUGGAAGCAAGCAUUGAAUUUUCUACCAUGAGAGUAUUUGUAGGAGCCAGAGCUAUUUAAAAGAAAACACUUUGUUAGGAGCCUUUGUCCUUUGUAUUAAUUGAUAGGAUUCUGGUCAGCUCUGGCUUCCUACUUAUUUCUAACUUUCCUGGCCGUCCUACACAAUUUGCCUGCCUUAUCCAGUGCAUUUUAGAGGUCUUCCAAUUGUCAUCUCAGCUCUUUCGUAAUGAGAUCCCUCCUCCGUGUGACUAAAACCAUAGGUUUGUUGAUAAUAGCAUGCUGAGAUUUUUGUUUUUAAUCUGGCUUCAAACAUAGCACAAGGAAGUUGAACAGCACAAUACAGGGCCCUGGACAGAACACAACCUGCCUGCUUUGGGACAGAACCUUGUGUUUGCAUGCUUGUAUAUAUAGGCAUAUAUUUAUGUAUAGAUACUCAAGAAUGGAGAUGGUGAUGACCAGUCCAGGCCCAGCGGGGCUUCCAUGUUAGCAAUAAUGAGUGUUCACCUUGAGAAUGCACCUCAGAGUCCAGACCCCAUUUUCCAGCACCUUCCAUCAGGGCCUGACACCCCUGCACAGACAGGGCCUGUCCCCCCUGCACAGGCAGGUGGCACUUUCGUGUCUCAUGAAGUUACUGAGCAUUCUAGACCGCAGUAGAGCUGUGAUCAAAUGCCCACAGGCUACCAAAUGGCCAAGUCUGGAAGUGGUUGUAAGUAACCAUUACAAAAGGAGUGUAAUAUAUUUGUUCAAUUAUAAGAUUAUUAUUUCACACAAGCCUUAUAGCUCUCUGCUUCAUCUAAGAAAACAAUUACCAAAAAAAUGUUUCUGUAUGCAGUCUGUGGAUAGUAUGUUUUCAGGUUAGUUACUGGUAACAGAUAGGCCGGUGUUGGCUUUGUGUAAUUAGCCGCUUAUUACAGACACUAGCAGUGGCCCAUUAUUUCUUAUAACCAAAAAGCAUGGUUUAAUUAAAACAUGUUUAAUGACUGUGCCUUAGGAGUUAAUGCCCCCUUAUGGAACAUGCCUGAAUUGCACCUGUGGGUGUAAGUUAGUCACAGACAGGAGUCGUGACAGGAAAAGCUCUCACAGGGACAUACAUCUUUAAAAUGUUGGUCUGUACGAUGGUGUCUUACUUUUCUCCAACUCACAGAAAGAAAGAAACGUCCGAAAGCCAUACUGAACGAUUUCACAUGACUGUGAAGAGCUGACAUGCGCCACCCUGUAGACACGUAGCCCCUGGCCACCUGCAGGCUGCCUCCUACCCAAAUAUACUAUGUACCUAUGUGUAUUAGCAUCAUGGAGUUGCAUGAACCAUAUGAAAGCAAGCGUUUGAUAUUUGUGCCGGCAGUCUUUGUAGUUAGAAAAAUGGAUCCAAUAAAGCAGUAUUUUUCUUUUU